UAUAACGGAUUUUCGGCGGCAUCGAGUGUUGCUGUGGGUCAUUGGAUUUUUGAUAGCUGGAGUAUGUGAAAUAAAGUCCCAAAAAUCAUACCUCUACUUAAAAAAAAAGUUAAAAAAAUAUUCGAACUACUGUCUCUGUGAUAAAGCUUUAGAAUCCAAUCAAAAUGAUGAGACAUCGGCCACCGGAUCUUCGAGAGUCGAUCGCUGAUACUUUCAAUAAAGCUCAAUCAAGCAAAUUAAUCAAUCGAAAAUUGAUGAAGAAGCUGCAAAAGAUUUAUGAGCAGUCUGAUUUCGACGACUUCUCUGAUGAAUACUUGCGCUGUUUGAAACUUUGCUUCACGGUCGGAGAGAAAUAUUCAUCAGUGGAAAAUGCUCUCGAUUUCGCAGCGAAAUUUGCAUUCCAUCUUCAGCCACCGUCCCAGGCGGAAAAGGAAGAUGAGGACCUCGAGGAUGAGGACGAGUUGAAUCCUUUGCUUGGUAAACUUUUCUCGUUUUGUUUGCAAUAUCAUGCAGCUGUUGACGUGGCAGUGAGAUACCGCUGUUGUUACUUCAUACAUCUUCUCCUGAAUCUUCUGAGCGAAGACGCUUACCUGAGCGAUGGAAUGUACACGAAUAUCAGAGAAGCCAUGACAGAGCGUCUCAUGGACAAAUCCCCAAAGGUUCGAGUAAUGGCGAUUCAUGCGAUGCUCAGGAUGCAGGAGCCACUCAAUCACGAAUGCCCUGUAAUUAAAAUGUACAUCUAUCACAUGGCGAAAGACAACAGUGCUGAGGUGAGAAAAGCUGUGAUUCAGUGCACAGCUAAGAAUCAGAAAGUCCUGCUGAAUGUUCUCGACAGGAUCUGCGACAUCGACGACUCAGUCAGGAAGACCGCUCACAUAUUUUUUUCGAAAGUCACUGUCAAAUCACUGACCAUCAAGCAACGCCAGCUCAUUCUGAGAACUGGUCUCAAGGACGUGUCUGAGGGUGUUCGCAAAGUCGUGAAGAAUCAUAUUCUGCCGAUAUGGCUAGAGGGCUUUCAGAAUGACUACUGCCAGUUCCUUUAUGGUAUUGACAUCGAGAUCGACCCUGACCUGGGUUUUCUCGUCUUGAAUACACUCCUCGAACGUGCUAAUCUGGAUACUCUCUUCAAGCAACUUCCACUGGAUAGAGAUGCUAAGCUCAUACCAAUUCAGGACCUCACUGGUGAAAAUGUCGCGUAUUGGAGGUGUUUUAUUCAGCAUCUGUACAAAUCUGAUAAUGAAGCUGCCACUGAACAUCUCCAAAACACAAUUCCCGAGCUGACGACCUUCUGCCAGUACAUAAGAAGCUUUCAGAAACUGAUGAUUGACUACACUCAGACACAUACUGACGAGGACAAUGACGUGAAAAUCAAGAAGAUGUCACACAAGUUUGUGCUGUUGCAGCUCUUCGAGAUCAGCAAGACGUACGAUCUUGGCGACGAGGUGGGAAGAGGGAAUCUUAGGCAAUUGAUCGAGGAUACGUUGAUAAAUGAGGUCUGCACGACUGAAAUAAUCGAGUGCAUCGUCAAGUACUAUGAGAAGGUAGAGCCUGAUGUGCCCAAGCGUUUGACGUCGUUGGCGCACGUCAUAAGUGAGAUACGAGUGCCCACUCAGGUAAUUGAGAACGCCGUUGAAAAGGUAACGGAUGAUCAGAUCAAUGACAGAUUAAUACAGUGUCAAAUCCUCAAGAAUACACUUCUUGAGAAGCAAAAUGAUCAAGAUACGCUGGUGAGGGAGCGAAAGUUCGCUGAAGCUGGGGUAGUGGAGAAGGAGAUGGUGAAAUUGCGAAAAGAGAUAAAGGAGAUGUCGACAACACCAUCAACCGUCGUGCCCCAGACCCAGGAAGAGGCCAAGAACGAUCCGGAAACUAUGAUGAAAUGCCUCACCAUCAUGUAUACGAUGGUCCAGGCAUCUUCAGUAAAAACUCUAACGUCAACCCUCAGGAGUCUGUUCGACAAUCUGGCAAUGCCCAGUGUGGAUCACGCAGAUGGAGGUGUUCAGGCUCAAGCCUUGAGGGCACUGGGAGUCUGCCUCUUUCUCGACGGGGAAUUGGCAAAAAAACAUCUGGUGAUGUACCUGAUGGCCAUGACUUCAGACUUUGACCACGACGUAUGGCUCAUCUGCCUGACUGUCAUCUUCGACAUGUUUCUACGGUAUGGUCUGGACCAUUUCGAAGGGAUCAUCAGCACUGAUAAGUCGAUAGACAAUAGCGUGGGAAAUCAGAGCACCAGGCGUCAUGGCACGAAAUUAUACUCAAGUUCUAAUGAUAUGUCGGUGACUCUUGAGGCGGAGGGUGAGAGCAACAAGCACAACUUAAUAAAGAUCCUCCAGGAUUCCGCUCUGAUUGACCACAUGGACAAGGAAAUUAGAACUGCCACGGUCACUGGCUUUUGCAAACUUCUUUUACAUGGCAAAAUCAAGAGCAAUAACCUUCUGUCCACCUUCAUAAUUCGACUGUAUAAUCCUAUCUCUGUGGACGAUGCUGCUCUGCGUACGGCUCUUGUUGAAUUCUUCAAGUUCUAUCCUCGCUUCACACCAGGUAGCUGCACCUGUCUCCAGGAGAUUUUUAUUCCCACUCUCAAGAAGCUUGAGGAUGACGAGAUCAAUGUUGAUCCCUACAACAUUGCCAAAUUCAUCAUUGAUCUGACGAGUAGCAAUUUCCAUACACCAGACAGGGUUAACUACACUGCCCACAAUCAGCUGGCCUUUGAUAUCUUGGAGGAGCUCGCUAAUGAAGACAGUAUUGUCGAUGAAAAAACUCUCCUGAAAUCCCUGAAACUAUUGAUUAUUCGGUGUGAAGAUAACGAAAUGAAGAAUAAAAUGUUAGAGGCCGUUAAUAAGGUCAUUGCCAUCGUCAAUCCUAGGGAGAGGACUGUUUUGAAGAAUCUUGAGGCCUUCAGAAGACAGUUUGAAAAUCCUGAGGGUAUAGGAGAGGAUGGCAGAGAAUCAUCUGUAGCCAUGAAGCAGCAGGAGUUGGAACCUAUGGAAGAGGACGAUCCAAAAAAGUAAUUUCCGGAAUGGUUCCACUACUGUUUUGAUUUUAAUAAAUUUACCUGGGAAUUAUUAAACGGGAGAAUUACUA